AUGAUUUUUCUGAUAUUCUUUAUCCUCGUUCUGGUUAACGGGCAAGUUUAUAGUUUAGACGAAGUCUCAGAAGUGUCUAUACACAAAGAUGGCUUCGUUAAGGUAUCAAAAAGCUCCAAUCCAACAACAGGAUUCAGCUGGUUCAUAAAUCCUUCAUCUUUAGAAGUGGUCUUUACUAAUGACUUAGAUGGAGAUUAUAUUCAAGAUCGUAGCAAUUUAUUGGGUGUUGGAGGGAUACAAGUUUUUACCCUUUUUUGUUCAGAUUUGUGCAGAACACGUAAUCAGACCAGCAUCAUUUUAGAAUACAAGCAGCCGUGGGUGAAUAUUCCAGUAGACACUGUUGAGGUGCUAGUCAAUAUUAAAUCAUAA